CCUUUGGCUGGUUCGCGAGGGAAGCACUGAAGAUCAGCGCGAGCCUCGAGCUUCUCCAAAUCCCCAAAUCCUAUUUCAUCAUCUCCUUUCUUCGAUUCACUUCGCUUCACUCUUUCUAGGGAUUUCUCGAUCAGCAGCGAGGAGUAGGAGAGGCUUCAGCUCUUGUUAUUGCCAAACCUUGAAUUUUGUUGAUUGAGGAACCCUAGAAACGAAGGUUAACAAUGUCUUCGGCGAAGAAGAACUACAAGGAGAAGAUGAUGCGACGCAAGGAGGAGAAGCAUGAAGAACCAGAAAUACCUAAAUAUCGAGAUCGCGCUAAAGAGCGAAGGGAAGACCAAAACCCUGAUUAUGAGCCAACAGAGCUGGGCUCAUUUCAUGCAGUCGCCCCUCCUGGAGCUGCUAACCUAAGGCCAGCUGAUGCACAUAAGCUAUCCAUUGAAAAUAGCAAAUAUCUUGGAGGGGAUGUCGAGCAUACACAUUUGGUUAAAGGUUUGGAUUUUGCUUUGCUUCACAAGGUAAGGAGUGAGAUGGAGAAGAAACCAGAUGUUGAAGAUGAAAUUGAUGGAAACUCUAGAUCAUCCAAGGAAGAUCAGCCAGUGUCCUUUCGAACUGCGACUGCAAAGUCGGUAUAUCAAUGGAUUGUCAAGCCACAGAGCACUAUCAAGGCUAAUGAGAUGUUUCUUCCAGGUAGGAUGGCGUUCAUUUUCAACAUGGAUACUGGAUUUUCUCAUGACAUCCCUACUACUCUUCAUAGAAGUAAAGCUGAUUGCCCUAUUCCAGAGGAAAUGGUUACUGUCAGUGUGGAUGGUUCUGUACUUGAGAGAAUUUCGAAAAUCAUGUCUUAUCUUCGCCUUGGAUCAUCUGGAAAGGUUAUGAAGAAAAAGAAAAAGGACAAAGAUGUCAAAGGCAAAAUUUCCACAGUGGGUAAUGGUUAUGAUGAAUUUGAGAAACCUUUGCAGCAUCAUGAUGGUGGCAUUUUGGUGAAUAAACCAGAAAGAGAGAUUUUGCCACCACCACCUCCUAGGAGAAACAAUGGUGAUGUGCGGGAGAAACAACCCCUUCCUAUUGCAAGAACUGUGGAGGAUGACAUUUUUGUUGGGGAUGGUAUUGACUAUGACAUUCCCAACAAAGACAUGAGUCAGAGCCCAAUUUCUGAAGACAUGGAAGAGUCCCCAAGAAACAAGGAGAGACAAUCUUAUUUCAACGAACCUGUUUAUGGUCCUGUUCCACCUGAAACUGCUCAGGUUUGGGGACAAACUAAUGGAUAUGAUACUGCCCAAGCUCAAGUGGUGGCUGCCGGUUAUCAAGGAGACUGGCAGGAUUAUCAGUAUGCUGAGCAACUAGCUUAUCCAGAUCAAUACCUCCAGCAGAACAUUCAAGAAUAUGAUGCACUAGCUGCAACAAAUUUGCUUCAGGAUCCUCGCUUUAUGACCCAAGAAGACAAGGAUAGAGGCUUAGGGUCUGUUUUUAAGCGAGAUGACCAAAGACUUCAACAACUGAGGGAAAAGGAUGCUCGAGAAAAAGAUCCAAAUUUUAUUUCCGAGAGCUACUCAGAAUGCUAUCCUGGUUAUCAGGAGUAUAAUCGUGAGAUUGUGGACAGUGAUGAUGAAGAUGACUUGUCAAAAAUGGAUAUGGGUGGCCGGGCCAAAGGUCGCCUUCACCGAUGGGACUUUGAGACAGAAGAGGAAUGGGCAACAUACAAUGAGCAAAAGGAGGCAAUGCCAAAGGCUGCAUUCCAGUUUGGUGUGAAGAUGCAGGAUGGCAGGAAGACGAGGAAGCAGAACAAGGAUCAGAAAAUUAACAAUGAACUGCACAAGAUCAAUAAAAUCCUUGCAAGGAAGAAAGGCGAGCGAGGGGAGGGCAAUGAUGACGGAGGCGGAUACGAUGAAGAUCCACAACCUGCGAAGAAGCUUCGCAUUUGAAAUGGAUGUGCCAAUUCAAGAUUAUCUAGUCAUAGCAUUUUGUUACUUAUAUCAAGCUUAUGUUGAAAUCACCUGAAAUUCCUCUGAUGCUUUAAAAUUCUCAAUAUGAAAAUGAUGCUUGUUUUGUUGGGCAUUAUUAUUUUUUUGUCCCUCUCA